UUGCUGCUGCUGCUGUUGUUGUUCUUGUUCUUGUUAUUAUAAGAACAGUUUGGUAUUCAUACAUGUUCUACAAUUUACCUUUGGUAUCAUGAGGAAUUGUAUUGUUUUCUAGCAAGAAGUGAAGAAGGACUUUACUUCAGAAAAUGGAAUCUUUAAAAGGGAAAGUCGUCAUUAUAACAGGCGCAAGUUCCGGUUUAGGAGCGAGCAUGGCUGUCUUGUUCGCCAAGCGCGGAUGUCGACUCUCUCUGACUGGUCGUAAGCAGGAGAACCUUGCGGCUGUGGCCAAACAGACAGGCCUUGGCAACGAUAAGAUGCUGACGGCAAUCGGGGACCUGAGGAAAGCGGAAUUCAGGAAGACGCUCAUUUUCAGAACCAUUGAAAAAUAUGGCAAGAUCGACGUCCUGAUCAAUAACGCCUCUGUGCUGUAUGUUUCGCCGCUGGAAAAACUUCCGGAAGAACAGUUUGACGAGAUAUUGGACAUCAACCUGAAGAGCCACGUGUUUCUCACCAAACUAGCUCUUCCACAUUUGCUUGAAACAAAAGGAAAUGUAAUCAACAUCUCUAGUGCAAUUACAGAUAUCGUUGUUGAGGGUUGGGGCGCCUAUAUCAUGUCGAAAGCAGCACUGGACAGCUUUACGGAGGUAUUGGCAGACGAGCUGGGACCUUUUGGAGUGAGGGUUAACGCGCUGAAUCCCGGGCCCCUGCCAAGCACCAACCUCUACACCAGAAGCAACUACGUGGAACUAACGGGAAAGCAGUUGUCAAAGAUGUUCGAAGACAUGUAUGCCAAAACUCCGCUCCGUAGAGAAUGUCUCCCUGACGAGAUAGCUCAGGUGGCGACCUUCCUGGCGUCCGACAUGGCGUCCUUUGUCCAUGGGGAGACUCUCCGAGCAGAUGGUGGAAUCCGGUUUAAUGCGUAAGCCAUCAGCGGCUUGCUGCGGAUGGGACCACUCCUGGUGAAAAGCCAAACGUUACCUUAUGAUGAUAUCGUAAAACUAAACCUGUUUGCCCUGGUGAUGGCGGAGCCAUUUCUCACAGCUCCUGAAUUCAUAAUUAGAACCUUUAAUGUAGCCUAGCGAUACUUAUGCUAACUUCUAUCCGUUAUAUUUUCUGGUGAUAUUUGAACCAUUUGUCACAGCCCCGGAAUUCUUAAUUAGAACCUUUCCAUAUCUCCUUUUCACUUUGGAGACAUGAGAUGCAGUCUAGCGAUCCGUUAUAUUUCUGUUGAUGGUGGAACUAUUUGAUGUAGCUAUACGAUAUCAGUUUAACAAAGUCCCCUUCAUAUCGUGGUGAAGUAUAAUCCAAUAUUGACGUAGUCUGAUGAAAAUAUACAAAUCAGAUCAAUCUCCUUGUGAAGUUGGAGACAGAGCCUUGCGAUUCUCACAAUAAACAAAGUCUUUUAUCUCUUGGUGACGUUGUAAACGACUGAUGAAGCCUGGCAAUUCUUACAUUAAACAAGGUCCUUUAUCUCCCGGUGAAGUUGAAGACGACUGAAGAAGCGCCCUGGCUCUUCUCACAUUAAACAAACCUAUAUGUCUCCUGGUGACGUUGUAGACCACUGGCAGAGCCUGGCGAUUCUCACAUCAAACAAACCUAUAUGUCUCCUGGUGACGUUGUAGACCACUGACAGGGCCUGGCGAUUCUCACAUUAAACAAACCUUUAUGUCUCCUGGUGACGUUGUAGACAACUGACAGAGCCUGGCGAUUCUCACAUUAAACAAACCUUUACAUCUCCUGGUGACGUUGUAGACAACUGACAGAGCCUGGCGAUUCUCACAUCAAACAAACCUUUUAUCCACUGUUGACUUUCGAAACAACUGACAGAGCCUGAUGAUUCUCACAUUAAACGAAACCUACUAUCUCCUUGUAAAGGGUGAGCCAGCCUUUUUCGUCUGAUGUUGGUCGACAAAACACUUUAACAGCUAUGUUUUUCCACAUAAGAUUUUAAUUUGUCAGUCAGCUGUAACCCUUUACAAUUUCGACAACAGAAGGUAUAUAGGUUAACAUACAUUACGUCAAGAAUAAUUAUUCCUGUUACCACUGAUUUGUUUUUCAUAAAAAUUAAUAAAUAUUAUAUAAAAGC